AUGUCUUCAGGCCAUGCCCGCCAGCGUUCGAACUCGGCGAAGGGCUCCUCAAUUCGAUCAGACGUCAAGUUUCAGAUACCCACACCGAGCAUCACUCCGCAGAAUGACGAAUUCGCGUUCCAGCCAUGCGCCGCAACCGGGUCGUUCCUACUGUACGCGCAGCAUAAUGUUAUUUACUGCCUCCAUCAUGAUACUCUGGCGAUAGAGAGACGAUUCGAGAGACAUAGAGAAGAUGUUUCGUGGAUCUCAACGGACAACGUCAGUGAGCGCGGAGCUGGUCGAUUAGUGUUGAGCUACGACACAGGCUCAACGGCGAUAGUAUGGGAUUUAUUGACUGGAGACGAGGUCGCGCGAUUUGCGUCAUAUGAGCAGAUAAGAGUAGCGACGUGGAUGAGGAACGGGAAUGUUGCGUUUGGCAAUGCGCAGGGCAACAUCAUUCUGUUCGAGCCUUCCACUUCCGAGCACCUCUCCGCAAGAACCAUUUUCGACCCAAUUACCGCACUCGCACCCGCUUCAGACUGCCGCACAUUUGCAAUCGGCUACCACAAUGGCUCAAUUCUCAUUGCAACAUUGCAGCCCUCGUUCACCAUUCUCCAUACUCUCACAACCCCCAGAAUCCCCUCUCCUAUUGCGGAGCUAGCUUGGCAUGGGUCUUCUUCGAAGCAGAAGUCGGAAAUGCUGGCUGCGCAGGCUUCGGAUGGUGAUCUUAGAGUAUGGAGUGUUCCGAAAAGCUCGCACGGUGGUGACGCACCCUGCGUAAUCCGCGUACUUAACAAGUCUGAUCAAAGAGAGCCCGGCCCUUGCUGGUUCUCCUGGUCGAAGAAUGGACGCAUUGUGCAAUACACUGAGGGUCAAACGUGCGCGUGGGAUGUUCGCACGAAGCGGGUCACGUACGAGACUGUUCCCACAAUCCAGGACGUUGCAGCAAUCUGCAGCUAUGGUGCUACCGCAACUCUAUUCACACUGGGCCACAACUAUAGCGUUCAACAGUACGAUCUCAACCCCAGUGGCCAGCCGAUCAUGGUCGCCAACGUCCAGCAUGCGCCCGCAAACACUCCUCCGUCGCCACCGGUCUCAUUGGACGAGCAAAGACAAUUACCGCUGCAGUUGGAAGAAGAGCCAAUGCUUCUUGCCUCAGAAGCCAGCGAGGAUGAAGACGCUGUUAUGUCCCCACUGCAGAAGAUUGCAAAUGAACUGGUAGAACUAGAGGAUGAGCGUCGAGACCGAGUUGGUCCUUUGAGCCCAGUAUCAAGCCGUGCGUCACAGAGCUCCCGCUCUUCUGGUGGCAGCGGACGUCAACCUCGAUACCGAUAUGACAGGCCUACGUGGGGCACGGCUCGCUCGUCAAGGAGCACAGCUUCUGGUGUUUCCGGCGCCUCGGGCACAUCAGGCACAGUAUUCUCAUCUGGAGAGUCGUCAUAUGCGGCAGGCGCUUCGCAGGCCAGCGUAUCCAUCCGCUCUGGUACCUCAGCUGGAGCCUCGCGCUACGGCUCUUCAGCCCUUCGCAAAGAGGUGACGCGCAGCCCCGAUGAGUCGAAGAAGACCCAGAAGAUGGAUCUAUUUCCCUUCACCAAAGCCAGACUAGCGGACGUUCCCUUUCGACCUGCGGAGCUUGGUCCUGAGCGUACAUCAAAUGACCUGAGAAAGAACCUGUUAAAGGUUGUGUUUGGGUGGGAAAAUGAUAUUGACGAACUCAUCCGUGACGAGCUUGCUCGUCACCCUACUGGGUCAGCUGCCGCUGUUCUGCUUUCCAAGUGGCUCGGUGACCUUGGAGCUGACUUCAUGGCAUCUAUGGUAGGGUCUGAGUCCAUGACCUCUUCGGACUGGAUGUUGCUCGCUCUGAGUAACAUGGGCCAAGGAUCACAGAAGAAGGUGGGAGAGGCUUUCGUUCAGCGACUGCUCGAAAAGGGUGACAUUCAUCCUGCGGUUGCAAUCCUUCUUGGAUUGGGUGAGCAGAACGAUGCCAUCGAGGUCUACGUCUCACAGAAGCACUACAUGGAGGCUGUUCUACUGACGUGUCUGAUCUUCCCGACUGAUUGGCAAAGGCAAUCCUUCCUGGUUCGGAAAUGGGGAGAAGCUGCUGUUGCGAAAGGCAAGGCUGAACUUGCAGUCAGGUGCUUCUCGUGCAUGGGUCUUGAAACCACUGAGCCGUGGUUCUCUCCGCGCGCUCAAGACGCAGUUUUCUCCGCGCAAAAGCAAGCCCUAUUGGGUUCACAACUCAGUCCCCCAUUGUCGCCUCCUAGUGUGGGAAGCAGCAGAGUCGCCGCUCGCAUGGCGUCGCUCAAGCUCGUCACCGACUUUUCUCGCGGACCUCAACCUAGGCAAAUCGUCCGUGGGGAGAACGAUGCCCGCACUCCCAUGAUUGCUGGUACCACACCCAUCGCAGAGUCGGCCACGACCCCAGCUGUCGGCAACCACGGCUGGAUUGGUCGCAGCAGCACUCGAGACCGGUCUCUGGAGCCAUCCUCUGCACGGACUGCGACGCCUGGAGCAUAUGGGUCCAGGAAGAGAAUACCAUCACGGUCAGAUGCUGGUCGUUCUACGACAACCAACGGAAGCCUUGCAUCUCUUGCCAUUCCUGAUCGCGGACAGCGAGAGCCUUCUAAGCCGAGGACUGCUAUUGACAAUAUUGGCCGCGAAGCUGAGACUCUCCCAUUCUCGACCAGACGCGCGACUUCGGCAGGUAACGCCGGCGAUCUUAUGCUCUCAGCCGCUAUGUUCGCUCCUACCAAGACUGACGACCACCUCCCUUCACCUGCAGUCGGUGUGUUCGAUGCAUUCAAGGAAAGGAAGACUGUCUCUCGCACAAGCUCCCGUAGUCGAAACCAAAGAGACCUGCAUCUGGCCAUGGACACCACCGUUGUAGAGGCGGGCCCAGACACGCACUACACAAACAACCUCAGCCCACCACUGACCGAUGCGAGUCUAAAGAGUGCUAAAGCCCGCAGCAUCGAUGAGUUCAUCAGCAGCCUCGAUGAAGCCAACCACUUUGCUCGUGGUACUGAUCCCAGGCCUGAAGAAAGGCCCGCCUCGCGCACAGCCAGAACGCGUAGUCGUACUCGUGAAGAGUCUCAAGGUCGUGGACGAUCCGAUGUCCGUUACAUUCGACCUGCCAAACGCUCGCCCUCAUCACCUGUGCCUAUGUCACAUGAGGGUGCGAGCACGACCAGCAGAAAGGAGGCUUCGACAAAUACGGAGGCAUUCGAUGACGAGCGUUACUACAGGGAGCUUACUUCUCCGGUCGCGACCGAGUCGGUGACAAGCACCCGCAGGGCACGCAGUCGUGCGCGAUACGGUACCAGCAAGACCAGGACCUCAUCUCGAACUGCACAGCGCACUGAGUCCCCUGAGGCUGCUGUGCGUACACACAGCAGAGGUGCUAGCCGAGCUUCCAGUCGUCGUCCCACCGCCGACCGUGGUCGCAGUGGCAUGCGUGGUGAUCGCUCUCCUGAGUCACCCCAGUCAAUGAGGGCCGAAGACUUCGGUGGCAGCAGCACAGAUACCAGCUCGGCUCGUCCACGCCAGCGCAGUACCAGCCGUGUACCUCGAGAUCGGUCAAUCAGUAGAAGACCUACGCCUGCGGUCCGCGGUCCCAGCCUGACCCGUAACCAAGCACGCGCUGGCUCGCCCGAUUCAAUCUCCUCAAGCCUUCAUGGCGCCCCUCGAUCACGCCCACUUACUCGUACAAGGAAGGAGCUGGCGGCCAAGGAAUUGGAAGCGCGUAGGCUGUCAUUGGCUCGACGACCUUCUGCCCCGUCCAUUCCUCAUCCUGAGGAGCUGAGGUUCAGGCCACUCUCUGGUGGCCGUUCCAACACGGACGAUUUGUUGGGCUCAAUCGCGAUGUACCAUGACCCCAUUCAGCGAAGUCAAACAGCGGAUCCCAUCAAUAAGCCGGUCAACAGGUUCUUGGCUAAGGGAACCUCGACACCUUCUGUGCCUAUUGGGCUUCCAGCCAACCCUCGAGCUAUGAGGCAUCCAAGGUACAUGUCUGCCGAGCCAGAAGCAGAAGACAUCCCUGAUGUGCCCGCCAUUCCACAAGGUAUCUACGCGCAGCCUCCACAAGAGGAAAGAGAGGACGACAUUGGUCCUCUCCUUCCUGCGACAACGUUCUUGCCAUCAACCACGUUUGGCCAGCCAGCGAACCUUCCACGUUCGGCAUCAGCACCUCCCCAGGAGAUACUCUUGCCGAACGCUUUCCAUGAUGUAGGAAGGCGUCCAUCCCUGAACGGACCUCGCGGUCACACGCGCAUGAACUCACCGCCAGAGAUACUGCCGCCUUCAAACUACAAGCGCAUCAGCCCACCUCCAUUCAGGAACAGCAUUGACGGCGCCAAUGAGACUCAAGUCAUCAUCAUCGAGGAGGAAGAUGCUGCCCCACCCGUGCUAUCUCAGCUUCAACAUCUGGGUGCUCCACCACCCCCUCCACCGCCGCCCCCGCCACCAUUCGUUAUUGGUACCAGCAGUACCCCUAGCAACAUCAGUAUCGUGAACGUUGGCAUUGAUGAAGAGCCACAGCGCGUCUCUCCAACAAACGCCACUGCAACUGGGUCACCUCACGCUCAUCGCCGAGGUCGCGGCAGCGUCAGCGAGAACCUCGGCUCGACAUUCCGACGUGUCACGGAUCGAAUGCGUAGUACCAGCAGAUCAGGCCAUAGGUCCCCACCAGCUCUACGCGCAGAUGGUGUCGCCCCUUACGAGAGUGUUCCAGACUACUCAUACCCUCGCAACACGAACACACGCUCACCAGGCGAGGGCAACAACAUCGACUCGUACUUCAACAAUAUGCCGUACCCUCCACCACCGCCUCCGGUCCAGCCCUGGGAGCAAAUCAUUCCUCCUAGGGAGGAACAAUCCUACUACAAGCACCCAAAGGAGAUUCGCGCCAAUAUGCCACCAGAGACACUUCAGGCUGGCGUCUACAAAUCUAGUGCCUACAAACCUGAGGCUACGCCCAUGAUCUGA